CCAUGUUUUUUCCGCCUUAACUCAGCGUUAUUAUAAUAAUGGCGGAUGAAAGCAGCGACGAGGAGAUCCCAGAACUUGUACAAACGUCGAGUAUUGCUCAUUCCAAGAUACCUGUUACGAUUAUUACCGGUUAUUUAGGUGCUGGAAAGACAACUUUGUUGAAUUAUAUCCUUACAGAGCAGCAUCACAAAAAGAUUGCAGUUAUCUUAAAUGAAUUUGGCGAAGGCUCAGCUGUGGAAAAGUCACUCUCCAUCGGUGAAAAUGGUGGAAUUUACGAAGAGUGGUUGGAGCUUCGCAACGGUUGUUUGUGUUGUUCGGUGAAAGACAAUGGCGUUAAAGCUAUCGAGAAUCUGAUGACGAAACGUGGAAAGUUUGACUACAUUUUACUCGAGACUACUGGCCUGGCUGACCCAGGUCCAAUCGCAUCCAUGUUUUGGUUAGACGAUGAACUUGGUAGCGAUGUGUAUUUAGACGGAGUAAUAACAGUGGUUGAUUGCAAAUACAGUGAACUGAAGCUCUUGCAGAAGGAAGUUGAUUACGUUAAACAAGUUGCUCUUGGUGACGUAAUUGUAUGUAACAAAGUGGACCUAGUCAACUCAGAGGGCGUGAACCGUUGUGUAAAUAACAUUAAAGCUAUAAAUGGAAGUGCGCAAAUCUUACAGACGAGCCAUGGUAAAGUCGAGCUGGAGAAACUCUUAGAUUUGCACGCAUAUGAUACGGGAAAAAUAGUCAAUUCAAUUAGUAAUGCAGGGUCACACAUAGACAGCGAAACUAAAACAUAUACCUUCGAGUUUGACGGAAGUGUGUGUGAACAGCGUUUGGACGAAUGCUUGCAGGAUAUGUUGUGGUGUGACCAGUUGGCAAGCAAACAAAAAAUCUUUCGUUUGAAAGGUGUUGUGAAUAUACACGGAUGUCCGGACGUUUCUUUUCAAAUACAAGCCGUUUAUGAUACGUAUGAUAAAUAUAAAUUACAGACAAAAGAACCAACGAAUAGAAUUAUAAUAAUAGGGCAAUGUUUAGUUAAAGACAGCAUUUAUAAAAAAUUUUUGAAAACUGUUGAAACCAGCUGACAUCAAGUUUUAACUGGUUAGCUCUUUUCGCAAGAUUGCAUCUGAUUUUGUUGAUGAAAAAAGUCUCGUUUUAUUAUUAAGAUCAUCAGAAGCAAAAUCCAACUCGAAGUACAGGCCUCCGAAGGUUGUAUUAUGACCUCUUAAAAUCUUAUGAGGGCACCACACACAACCACGUGUUUCCACGCACCCAGGCUAACUAACCCGACUAUAACUCUUCUGAGGACCUCAGCACCAGUCUGUACUGAAAUUCUCUAUUUUUUUGUACUUUGGUCGAAGAAGAUCAUUAGUCGGCGAUUAACCCUGUUGCUUCUAGACGUCAUGGUCUUUUGAAAAGCUGUAUUUCCGGAGCUUUAAUAAUAAAUAGCGUUAAGGUCUAAAAAUAGAUGUUUAGGCAGUAAGUUCUUGGGUCUAAUCGUGCAUAUUGUGCGAGGAAUUGAAGACGAAAAGUUUGCAUGACAAGCAAAACCUACGCCCAGGUAAAAUGACUUCCAAACCUUAACGCACAAUUAUAUGGUAAUACAUUUUAUAUGAACUUUAACACCAAAACUGAAAAUAACUCUUCCCUUUUAUGUUUGCACAAUAUCCCUUACCUUUGGUUGCCUUAAAGUUGGAAAGUAAGUAUAGAAAGAUUUGGAAAGUCAUUCGUUUUAUAAUAAAUAAAUACCUAGUCCAACCUAAAUAGAUAGCUAAAGAAUUAACGGACUAAAUUAUCAACAUCUCUUUUUUCGGUUCAAUUUUGAGGAAUAACUCAUAAAAUACAUUUUAAGACAUGGGCUUUAUAGGUUACUAGUCGUUAGCCCGAGGAAAAAUCCACGGGUUCGCCCGUCCUUUUUAUACCGCAUUGCGUGCGUCUCGCUACCUGCGCAGCUAAGCUACCAUUUUGCGUGACAGACAGACGGACGGACAGACGUAUACGGGCAUUAUAAUAUAGAUAUACAUAUUCAAGGUGACAAUUUUUACAUAAUUUCUAACAUUUUAACUGAAAAUUUCCAAACUUUGUAUCCUUUUCUUGUUUCGGUCCCCAUUUUUUUCUUGCAGUAUAAAAAGAAUAAGAAAACUCGGCAAAAAAAAUGGUUGACAA